UGGCACUGACUCACUCUCAAGGAGGCCUGAUUGCAAGAGGAAUCAUAGAAAUUUGGGACAACCACAACAUCAGCAGCUUCAUCUCGAUUAGUUCUCCCCAGGCGGGGCAAUUCGGAGACAACUUCUUGCACCUGAUAUUCCCGGGCGUGGUGCGCGACGAGGCCUUCUGGCUCUUCUACAGCUACUUCGGACAGUACAGUUCGGUAGCCAACUACUGGAACGAUCCUCACGAACAGGAGGAGUACCGCCAGUACAGCAAGUUCCUUGCGCCCCUGAACAAUGAGGUGUUGACGGGCGAGUCUGCUCGGUUCAGGCGGAACCUGUGCCGUCUGAAGCGUCUGGUGCUAAUCGGUGGGCCCGACGACGGUAUCAUCACUCCUUGGCAGAGCAGCCAGUUCGGCUUCUACACGGCCAACAUGACGGUGCUGGACGUGCGCCAGCGCGACUGGUACCGGAAGGAUCGGAACGGCCUCCGUACGCUGGACAGGCGGCACGCGCUGAUCCUGCAUACAUUCGACGGCGUCCAGCACUUCGACUGGCACCACAACAUUACCGUCAUCCGCGAGGCCAUGCUGCCUUACUUGGACUGAGGCGCCGAAGACGGUCCUCCGACCGGGGGAGGGACGGAAGGGAACUGGCCGGGCCGACGGACCGUGCUCGCGCGAGCAUGGUGGGCCCGGCAGGCCGUCGUCUGCUGAUGGCGAUGUUUGAAUAUAAUGAUAUUCAUAGCCAA